GCUCUGCAGCUACCAUUGUGAGGUGAGGACAGGUGGGGGGGUUCGAGGCCGCCGCGGGGCCGGCGGCAGCGGCCGAAGUGCGGCACCCGCACGGGACCCCCUCAGGAUUUCUGCACUUGAGUUUCAAUUUCUGUAACACAGAUUCUUACAGUAAUCCUUUGGACACAGCAGAGCUUCCCAUUGAGGCAUGUUGCUGAAGAUCACCUUGUCUUCUGGAAGCAGAAACACAAUGAACGGAUGAAUCUCUUCAGCCAGAUAUUACUCCAGUAGAUCUUCCCCUCAUGGAGCACACAGGCAGGGAGGAGAUGGAUCUGAAAGAGGAAAGUCCUCAGGUGUGGACUGAGUCUGCCGGACAGGACCAGAACACUACUCAGGUGCACUUUGUCCCCGAGGGGGGGGCAGUGGCCCAGAUCAUGUACAGUGACGAGCAGGAGCGCGGCCCUGCGCAGCAGGUGGUUUACACGGCUGAUGGCACCUCCUACACCUCUGUGGACACCUCGGAGCACACCCUCGUUUACAUCCACCCCGUGGAAGCUACACAGACUCUGUUUACAGAUCCGUCCCAAGUGGCUUAUGUCCAACAGGAUGCUACCACCCAGCAGGUAACUGUGCUCUUGCCUGCUGCUGCGCAGAGCAUGAAUCCCACCAACCUGUCUGUGCUCGGCAGCGUUGCUGACCCCCCCCAGCCAGUGGCUCUGGAGCAGGGGCCACAAGCAGAUAGAGCAUCAUUACCGGUGCAUAACCAGGUGUUACCUCCUAUGGAGGCUGUGGGUGGUUCUGAUCCUUUAGCACCUCUGCGGAAUCAAAUGGAAAGGAUAGAAACAAAGGAGGAAGAAGAUGAUGAUGAAGAUGAGGAUGAAGAUGGGGAAGACACUGACAUGGAUGAGUGGGAUCCAGAUCCACCUCGACCCUUUGAUCCUAAUGAUUUGUGGUGUGAAGAGUGUAAUAAUGCACAUCCCUCAGUGUGUCCGAAACAUGGACCUUUGCAUCCCAUCCCAAACAGGCCUGUGCUGACCAGGGCAAGGGCCAGCCUUCCCCUGGUACUCUAUAUAGACAGGUUUUUGGGAGGUGUGUUCUCCAAACGGCGCAUCCCAAAGCGUACACAGUUUGGGCCUGUGGAAGGACCCCUGGUCAGACAGACUGAGCUCAAAGACUGCUAUAUCCAUUUGAAGGUUUCUCUUGAUAAGGGUGACAGAAAAGACAGAGACUUGCAAGAGGACUUGUGGUUUGAACUUUCCAGUGAGGCUCUGUGUAACUGGAUGAUGUUUGUGCGUCCAGCUCAAAACCACCUGGAGCAGAAUCUGGUGGCCUAUCAGUACGGCCACCACAUUUAUUACACCACCAUUAAAAAUGUGGAGCCCAAGCAGGAACUCAAGGUGUGGUAUGCUGCCUCCUAUGCUGAGUUUGUGAACCAGAAGAUCCAUGAUAUAACUGAGGAGGAGAGGAAGGUGCUCAGGGAGCAGGAAAAGAACUGGCCGUGUUACGAGUGCAAUCGGCGUUUCAUGAGCUCAGAGCAGCUCCAGCAGCACCUCAACUCCCAUGACGAGAAGCUGGACUUCUUCAGCAGAACCAGAGGUCGAGGUCGCGGGCGAGGAAAGAGAAGAUUUGGACCAGGCAGACGCCCUGGGCGCCCUCCCAAAUUCAUGCACAUGGAAGUAACCAGUGAAAAUGGUGAAAAGUGUGAAGAAGGAACACAGGACUUGCUGCAUUUUUCCAGCAAAGGGCAGUUUGAUGAGGCCGGACAAGCCCCACUGAAUAGGCUGGAGCAGCAGGAACAGACUCCGGUGCCAACAGAGCCACAGGCAGCAUUGGAGCAGCAGGAAAACCAUGUGCUCCAUGUACAGCCACAGCACGAGGGGAACACGGUGCCCACGCAGAGCACCAUGACAGCAGAUGACAUGAGGCGAGCAAAGCGCAUCAGGCUGGAGCUGCAGAAUGCAGCUCUGCAGCACCUGUUCAUCCGGAAAUCCUUCCGCCCAUUCAAAUGCCUGCAGUGUGGGAAGGCCUUCCGGGAGAAGGACAAGCUGGACCAGCACCUGCGGUUCCAUGGGCGGGAAGGGAACUGCCCUUUGACCUGUGACAUCUGCAACAAGGGCUUCAUCAACAGUGGUGCCCUCGAGAGCCACAUGAAGUUCCACAUGGACCAGAAAACAUACUCCUGCAUUUUCUGCCCUGAGUCCUUUGACCGCUUGGAUCUGCUUAAGGAUCAUGUGGCCAUCCAUGUCAAUGAUGGUUAUUUCACCUGCCCCACCUGCAAGAAACGCUUCCCAGAUUUUAUCCAGGUCAAGAAACAUGUGCGUAGUUUCCAUUCUGAGAAGAUUUACCAGUGUACAGAGUGUGACAAGGCUUUCUGCCGCCCCGACAAGCUGCGACUCCACAUGCUGCGGCACUCGGACCGGAAAGACUUCCUGUGCUCCACCUGUGGCAAGCAGUUCAAGAGAAAGGACAAACUGCGAGAACACAUGCAGAGGAUGCACAACCCAGAGAGGGAGGCCAAGAAGGCUGAUCGGAUCAGCCGCUCCAAAACCUUCAAGCCCCGGAUCGCGUCCACUGACUAUGAGAGCUUCAUGUUCAAGUGCCGCCUCUGCAUGAUGGGCUUCCGCCGCAGGGGCAUGUUGGUGAAUCAUUUAUCAAAGAGACAUCCAGACAUGAAAAUAGAAGAGGUGCCAGAGCUCACGUUGCCCAUCAUAAAACCCAACAGAGAUUACUUCUGUCAAUACUGCGAUAAGGUGUACAAGAGUGCCAGCAAACGCAAAGCACACAUCCUGAAAAACCAUCCUGGUGCUGAGCUACCUCCAAGCAUCCGGAAACUUCGUCCUGCAGGCCCGGGAGAACCAGAUCCUAUGCUAAGCACCCACACACAGCUGACAGGCACCAUCGCCACCCCUCCAGUGUGCUGUCCUCACUGUUCCAAGCAAUACAGCAGUAAGACGAAGAUGGUGCAGCACAUCCGCAAGAAGCACCCAGAGUUUGCUCAGCUCCCGAACACGAUCCAUGCACCACUGGCCACAGCCGUCAUCAGUUCCACGCCAGCUGUUCUCACCACUGACAGCACAACCGGAGAAACCGUUGUGACAACAGAUUUACUGACCCAAGCAAUGACAGAGAUAUCCCAGACCCUCACUACAGAUUACCGGACUCCCCAGGGAGAUUACCAGCGCAUCCAGUACAUCCCUGUGUCUCAAUCCACAACUGGCUUGCAGCAGCCUCAGCAUAUACAGCUGCAAGUUGUUCAAGUGGCCCAGGCUACCUCACCUCACCAGUCCCAGCACUCCACAGUGGAUGUUGGGCAGCUCCAUGACCCCCAGACAUACACCCAACAUGCCAUCCAGGUGCAGCACAUCCAGGUCACAGAGCCAUCACCAGCAACUCAGUCAUCAUCACAGGCUGGGGGUCAGCCUUUGAGUCCCUCCUCGCAACAACCUCAACAGGAGCUCAGCCCAUCACAGAUGCAGACAACUACAUCAACACAAAACCAAGCCCUCCAGCAGCAGCAAGGCUCCUCAGUGCAGCACACAUAUCUCCCCAGCAACUGGAACUCAUUUCGGAGCUACUCAUCAGAGAUUCAGAUGAUGACCAUCCCCCAAGGGCAGUACGUGAUCACAGAGACUUCUGUGGGUACCCCGGUCACCACUGUCAACACAGGGCAAGUGAAAGCAGUUACUCAGACUCACUAUGUGAUAUCUGAAGGUCAGCCUGAUCUGGAUGGUAAACCAAACUCUUCGCUCUCCAGUGAGGUUCAGGUGGGCAUUUCCCAGCCUACAGUCCACACGGAUCCCUUGGAAUCCCAGACGAGCAGCCAGCAGCAAACCACCCAGUACAUCAUCACCACCACCACCAACGGGAGUGGUGGGAGCGAAGUGCACGUCUCUAAACGCAGGACUUUCUCAUCAGCGCAUGAGUGAAAGAGCUUCAUGGUGCCAUUUGCUUGUCCUUGUCACCUCCCAGAUAUGGGGGUACCCUGGAACUCUAUAUGUUUAAUGUAUAUGCUCACUUACCUUCCACUAAAAUCUUGGAGCUCUUG